AUGUCUCCGAUUCCGGCACUAUCGCAUCCUCCACUUCGAACCGCACAAUCGUUCACGGCUACGCAAAAGGAGCUCGUGCGCGCCUUCACGCGGUCGCUUAACCCCAACUCGGAUACCUCUAUAACGGUACCCCUAUGGUGGAACAUUAAUCAGCUGUACUACGACCGUAACGGGCGUUUCAUUUCCAGCUCCGUUACAAUUGCAGAUGAAACGUCUGACACAGCCUAUUCCCGCGGCUCGAGUCUGUCCGACUCCGAGAUCGACUCGCUCGUCUCAUCCGCCAUAACCAGCCAAAAGCUGUCGUACGAUCAAAACGGCGUGUACUUCGUUCUGUCAGAUGAAACGGUCAGCCAGUCCUCUCAAGGAUCCGCGUUCUGCACGCACUACUGCGGGUGGCACACCUACACAGACGUAUCUGGCAAGGGCCGCGUGGUCAGCGGCUGGGUGGGCAACGCCAAGUCCCUGUGCCCUAGGAGCUGCAUCGCGGGCCUUAUUUCCUCUUCGUCCUCCUCGCCCAACCGAGACAAGGGCAUGGAUGGGCUGCUGUCCGUGUAUGCACACGAGCUGGCAGAGGCCACUAGUAGCCCGUACCUGCAGACGUGGAUGGAUGAUAAAGGGGACGAGAACGCAGAUAAAUGCGGAUGGAAAUUUGGCACCGGAAUCGGUUACCACUGGGAUGACCUCGAUCCCGAUCAGAUGGCCUUCUGUGGCGCCUCGCCCGCGCAUUGCGGCGUAAUGCACGCGCCUGUGGGGGUGUACCUGCUGUGGUAUGGAGCUAAGUUCAGCGAGGAGCAGAAGGAUAUCGUGCGGCUCUUCAUUGCUUCUCUCACUGCAGACGCUUCCAACCCAGACGCCACGGCAUGGUGGGCCAUCAACACACUUUACUUCGACCAGCAGGGCCGGAAAAUCUCCUCGAAUGUGACUAUAAAGGGCGAGACUCACAACACCAAGUACACCCGGGGCACCAUGCUGCUGCGAUCUGACGUGGAGGGCCUCGUCCAAUCAGCUGUCGGCAAAGGAUUGCUGCCGUACGACCCGGACGGCGUGUAUUUUGUCCUUUCCGAUGAAGACGUCUCGCAGAUGGACGAUCAGAGUGGGACGGGGAGUACGCAGUAUGCGCUCGCGGUCUGCUCGCACUACUGCGGAUGGCACUCCUUCACCCAAGGAGAAGACGGGCGACCGCUCAUCAUGUCAUUUGUGGGUAUGCGCUCGCGGUCUGCUCGCACUACUGCGGAUGGCACUCCUUCACCCAAGGAGAAGACGGGCGACCGCUCAUCAUGUCAUUUGUGGGGUACGCAGUAUGCGCUCGCGGUCUGCUCGCACUACUGCGGAUGGCACUCCUUCACCCAAGGAGAAGACGGGCGACCGCUCAUCAUGUCAUUUGUGGGGAACGCAGUCAAUCAGUGCCCGGAGGGCUGCAUUCCGCCGUACCUGAACCAGCCGGGGGAGGUGGCGCCGAACGGCGAUGCGGGGAUGGACGGGAUGGUGUCGGUGUUGGCACAUGAACUCGCAGAGGCCACCAGCAGCCCCUUCCUCGCCACGUGGUUCGACGACCAGGGCGAGGAGAACGCCGACAUCUGCUCCUCCAGUUAUGGUGAUGUGAUAUCAGAUGCAGCAACUGGUGUUCAAUAA